UCGCGAGAUCUCGUCAAUUUCUCGUCCCCCACCCCGCUGAGCCAUCAUUUCUCUCAAAUUUCUCCUCCUCCAAUCCAAGGCCCCAAGGAAUUGAAGGAUGAUGCUGCUCGCCAAGGAGUUGGGCCUGUCGCCGCCGGCAGCGGUCACUCCUCGCCGGAGGCCGCCGCCUGCCAGGGUCCCCGCCUCUCCCUCCGGUGGCUCGCCCGUGGCCGUCGGAGACCUCUGGCUCCGGACCAAAGGAGCCGGAGGAGGAGGAGACGGGUUCGGGAGCCACAGCCACGAGAGCGAGAUGGAUUUGGCCAUGCUCGUCACCGACUUCCUUGAGAACGGCGGCACCGGAGGCGCCGAUUCCCGCGCCAGCAGCGACUCCGACUCCGCCCUCUCCGACCACCUCGCCGAUAACAUUUCUAUCUACAAGCAAGGCGGCGAUGAGAAAGAAAACGAGCUACUCUCCAUGGUCCACUCGCUGUUAUUCUCGAUCCAUGAGUCAGACCUUCUGGCUUUCAAAAGAGGUCAAUGCAGUGCCAGCUGCAUCCGUCAUUUACUUGUGAAGCUCUUGAGAUAUUCGGGAUAUGAUGCAGCUGUUUGCGUAUCAAAAUGGCAGGGAUUCGACAAGAUACCUGGAGGUGAUCAUGAGUAUAUCGAUGUCAUCAUGAAUAGUGAUACUGAAUAUCGUCUGAUCAUUGAUAUCGACUUCAGGAGCCACUUUGAAAUAGCCAGGGCUGUUGAUUCUUAUGACAGUCUGCUCAAUUCACUUCCGGUGGUCUAUGUUGGCACUCUUCCCAGACUGAAACAGUUCUUGCAUGUUAUGGUAGAUGCUGCAAAAUGGUCGCUUAAGCAGAACUCUAUGCCUCUGCCUCCUUGGAGAUCCUUGCCUUAUCUCCAAGCAAAAUGGCAUUCCAAGUAUGAGAGGAUAGACCUGCACAUUGAGCAAGACUUCCACAGCACAGCUUCAGAUCACGCACUAUGCAUUGGGCACCUCAAAAGGCUGAAAUCCUCCCUGCAGUCAGAACUGGAUACCGAAAGGUUGCUUAUGAUGCCAAUCAAGACUGAUAUGAAGCGGAGGGCAAAGUUUGAGAGGCGGCGGCGCCGUUCCUUGCUCAGCUUCUGAUUCAUAUUUGUGCUUCUUGGAUACUGAAGUACUGAGAGAAGGAAGAAUAGCUUCCCAUACUUUUUUUCUGUGAUAAAAGGAGUUCUUUUUAACAGUUUUGGACAUACAAGGGAAAUAGAUGACGGGUACUAACAAGGCAGGAGAGUUGAGAGAGUGUGCCAGCUUUUUUUUGAAGGCAUAUACAAAAACAUAAAAUUCUUUUUGGAUUUCAUUUUUGUUCUUCCGGCGAUGAUGGCUGCUAGUGGUUAAUCUGCUGCAUACCAUGUACAAUGAUGAGUGUUUACAGCGUUUUUUUCCUCCUUAUAUUCAUUCUUUUAUCACAUAGAUGGACCUUGUGUAUUUUGAACACACUUCCUUUUCCCCCUUGUUGUAGAGUGGACAUGAUACAUGCUGUUGGUUCCCUUUGUAAUAAUAGAAUGUUCAAGCUUAGUUACACUCUGUUUUGAAAUGAUAUACUCUAAAAUGUUCUGGCU